AUAACUUUGGUAUAGAGUUUGGGUACAACAGUAUGGUUGAAAAACUUUUGAUCUUCCCAGUAUUCUUUAAAAAAACAAAUUCGAAGUACUUUACCGGCGCACAUUUCCGUCUGUGUAACUUGUUGACCGGAAUUCCCCGGUUCGCAGCCAAUGAACUUCACGCCAUCGCGUACCUUUUCUUUAUCUAUAUAAGCCUUCCUCCUCCUUCAACCUCGUCUUCUCCGGUUCGCUCUUGCUACGGUUCAUCUUCGUUAUUCACGAGUGCACAAUGUCGCACGCCCCUCUAGCCGUGCCUCAAAAUGGGACGAUGAAACAUCAUCAAGAACCGGGGGGCUCUUUGUUCGAAAACGGAGAUUGUGAUCUCUCUAGGUCACUGGGAAGGUCUAGACCGACGAGCAUAGAACGAAACAGAUCAUUUGAUGACAGGUCCUUCAAUGAAUUGCCUUCAAGUGACCAUUUAGACAAUGGCGUGUUCUCCCCAGGAAGGAGGUCUUCUUCCAUGGGCACUCCAACUUCGGCUCCAGCUCGUGGGUUUGAACCACACCCCCUCAUGUCUGAAGCAUGGGGUGCCUUAAGGCGUUCCAUUGUUUCCUUUCGUGGCCAACCCGUUGGGACAAUUGCAGCACUUGAUCAUUCCACCGAAGAGCUAAACUACGACCAGGUAUUUGUGAGAGACUUUGUGCCGAGUGCUCUGGCUUUGUUGAUGAACGGCGAACAAGAAAUAGUGAGAAAUUUUCUUUUGAAAACACUUCGGCUUCAGUCGUGGGAGAAGAAGAUAGACCAGUUCAAGUUGGGGGAAAGGGUGAUGCCAGCCAGUUUCAAGGUGCUCCAUGACCCAGUCAGGAACUUUGAGACCCUAAUCGCAGACUUCGGUGAGAGUGCCAUUGGCAGAGUGGCUCCCGUUGAUUCCGGCUUCUGGUGGAUCAUAUUGCUUCGCGCAUAUACCAAGUCAACUGGGGACACUUCCUUAGCCGAAUUGCCCGAAUGCCAAAGGGGCAUAAGGCUCAUCCUCACACUAUGUCUCUCCGAAGGAUUCGACACAUUUCCAACCCUCCUAUGUGCGGAUGGCUGCUCCAUGAUUGAUCGCAGGAUGGGAAUAUAUGGAUAUCCAAUCGAAAUACAAGCUCUUUUCUUUAUGGCAUUACGAUGUGCUUUGCUUUUGCUGAAGCAAGACGAAGAAAGCCGAGAAUGUAUAGACCAAAUAAUCAAACGCCUUCACGCGUUGAGUUACCACAUGAGGAAUUACUUCUGGCUGGACAUCAAACAGCUCAACGACAUUUACCGUUACAAGACGGAGGAGUACUCCCACACCGCCGUCAACAAGUUCAACGUCAUGCCGGACUCUCUUCCCGAUUGGGUCUUCGAUUUCAUGCCCAGCCGCGGCGGUUACUUCAUCGGCAACGUCAGUCCGGCGAGGAUGGAUUUCCGGUGGUUCUGCUUGGGCAACUGCGUCGCGAUCCUGUCGUGCCUGGCCACGCCGGAGCAGUCUUAGGCGAUAAUGGAUCUGACCGAGUCGCGGUGGGCGGAUCUGGUCGGGGAGAUGCCUCUGAAGAUCUGUUACCCGGCGAUGGAAGGGCACGAGUGGAGGAUCGUGACGGGGUGCGAUCCGAAGAACACGGGGUGGAGCUACCACAACGGCGGGACGUGGCCGGUUCUGCUCUGGCUGCUGACGGCGGCGAGUAUCAAGACGGGGAGACCGCAGAUCGGGAGGAGGGCGAUCGAGGUGGCGGAGGGGCGGCUGCUGAAGGACGGGUGGCCGGAGUAUUACGACGGGAAGCUGGGGCGAUUCGUGGGGAAACAGGCGAGGAAGAUGCAGACGUGGUCGGUGGCGGAGCUUAAAAAUAUAUACUUAAAAUUAUUACCACUCCUGCAUAUAUCAAUAAUAAUAUGGCGGUUUCAUUAAUCUUCUCUAAUAAUAAUAAUCAUAACAAUAAUAAGUCUUUGUUCAUCUUCUUCUUCCUCGGGUCACUAGUCCUCGUGUUCUCCACACUUAUUCACAUGGCUCAAUCUUCUCCUGAACCGGCGGUGAACGGAGCAGAACCGGGCUUUCCACUCCAGGAUACUUCUGUUAUAGAUUGUGGGGCAUCAUGCGCGGCGAGGUGCAAGUUGUCGUCGCGGCCGAGGCUGUGCAAGAGGGCGUGCGGGACUUGUUGCGCAAGGUGCAACUGCGUCCCCCCGGGAACGGCCGGCAACGAGGAAGUCUGUCCAUGCUAUGCCACCAUGACCACCCACGGCGGCAGGCACAAGUGCCCUUGAUUAAUAAUUUCAUUAUUUCAAUUCAUCAUCAUUCAUAUAAUAUACGCACCAUGUGUAUUUUUUUUUAUAAAAAAAUCUCGUUUUCAAUCCUCGUCCGUAUCUCAUUCAAAUACAUAUAUAAAUAAAUACCUUUGUGUGCUUGUCUGUGUCUGUUAUAUAUUAGAAUAUGUACCUAGCUUCAAUUCAUUUGAAACAAUAAUUGUGUUCCUACUUU